AUGACGACGAUAGAGGAUUACCGCAGGAAGUUACUGUCACAUAAGGUACUGGAAGCUCAUGUAAAGCAAGCAAGAGAUAAACUGAGGUCUGCAAAGAAGGAAUAUGAGAAAACUGAAGAUGAUUUGAAGUCCUUACAAAGUGUAGGACAGAUUGUAGGGGAAGUUCUGUCGCAGCUCGAAGUUGGACGUGUGUUGGUAAAGGCAAGUAGUGGCCCUCGGUAUGUGGUAGGCUGUCGCACUAAAAUCCCCAGAGAAAAACUUAUAUCGGGCACUCGUGUAGUUUUGGACAUCACUACUUUGACUAUCAUGAGGCAUCUUCCAAGACAAGUUGAUCCAGUUGUGUAUAAUAUGCUUCAAGAAGAUCCAGGUAAUGUUAGCUACUCUUCUGUGGGAGGCCUAUCCGAUCAGAUACGAGAUCUUAGGGAAUCUAUAGAGCUGCCUUUAAUGAAUCCUGAGCUCUUUCUUAGAGUGGGGAUCAAACCUCCCAAGGGUGUUCUUCUCUAUGGACCUCCAGGAACAGGAAAGACAUUGCUGGCUAGAGCAAUUGCCAGCAAUAUAGAUGCUAACUUUUUGAAGGUUGUAUCAAGCGCAAUUGUCGAUAAAUACAUUGGUGAGAGUGCGAGAAUGAUAAGGGAAAUGUUCAAUUACGCUCGUGAUCACCAGCCUUGUAUCAUAUUUAUGGACGAGAUCGAUGCAAUUGGUGGAGCACGUUUGAGUGAAGGGAGUAGUUCAGACAGAGAAGUGCAGAGAACACUCAUGGAGUUGCUUAACCAGCUAGACGGAUUCGACCAGCUUGGCAAGGUAAAAAUCAUAAUGGCGACAAAUAGACCUGAUACUUUAGAUUCUGCACUACUCCGCCCUGGGCGUCUAGACCGAAAGAUAGAGAUUCCAUUACCUAAUGAACAGUCAAGAAUGGAAAUUCUCAAAAUCCAUGCUGCUGGGAUAUCCAAACAUGGGGAAAUUGAUUAUGAGGCAAUUGUCAGGCUUGCUGAGGGCUUUAAUGGGGCUGAUCUACGGAACAUAUGUACUGAAGCUGGGAUGUUUGCCAUACGUGCUGAACGGGAUUACGUUGUUCAAGAAGAUUUCAUGAAGGCUGUCAGAAAACUGAACGAUGCCAAGAAGCUCGAGCCCAGGGCUCACUACAAUUUUGGGAAAGAAAAGUGA